CCGUGUCCGCCCCCACGCACCAUAUAUACCCAGAGCCUUUCCCCUCUUCUUCAUCCAACUCGCUCGCUUCCUUCGUCCUCCCUCAUCCGCAGCAGCAGCACCAAAAUCAGCAAAGCGAGCACACCACCAGGCUCUGCUCUGCUCAGCAUCUUGCUCUCGAAAGCCACCUGCACAUACACACAUACAAUGGCGGCAUCAGUGGCCUGCUCCUUCUUCUUCGAUGCCGAGCUGCUUGGCGAGCCCGGCAUGCCGGCGAUGGACGCGUGCGCGCUCUGCGCCAAGCCGCUGGCGCGCGACAGCGACGUCUUCAUGUACAGAGGGGACACGCCCUUCUGCAGCGAGGAGUGCCGCCAGGAGCAGAUGCACCUCGACGCCGUCUGCGCCAGGCAGGCCGCGCGGAGGCAGCAGCGGUUCUCGGCGGAGACGGAGUCCCACCGUGGGCAGCGGCGGUCCAGGAAGGUGCCCGUCGCGAGCUAAGCGGACGGCCUGGCCGUACCGCGUGGGCGACGAAAGUUUUGUUUCACUCGACAAGACCUGGAUUCUGAAGAAAACAACAUCUGUAUUCUGAAGAACCAUCGAAAUCUCUUGGGAGGCCUGUGAUCUGAUGUCUCCAUCUCGCCGGCCGGUGCUCUAGCAUGGACCGGUGGAGGUACCAGAACCAGAUGAAGGUUGCCGCCGCCUACGAGAGGCAAGGCAGCCAGGCAGGCAGGGCUGCAUCAGGCGGCACGAAGCAUAGGUGCCUGUAGCCUUCCCGCAUGUGUCCAUGGCAAGCUAAUUAAGCUGCCCGGAUGGGAGGAAAUCUGUACUUGUUCUCCAUCGGUCUGUGCCGUGCCGAUGAAUUGAUUUGGUUCGAAACGAAAUAAAGAAGGCCAUGGAUCUGAAGAAAAUCAAUCAAACAUGAUUCACAUUUUGUUUUAA